AUGAUUUUUUACUUUUUAAAUAUUUUUCCAACAUUUUCGCUAACUCAAUGUCCACCAGUGCAAUCACCUUGCCGUUGUGCACCAUCUUUUCACGAACCAGUUGCCAUUAUUUGUGAAAAUGCAUCCACUUUAUCCGAUAUAUUGACUGCCAUAUCGGAAGCACGGAGUGUUACAAUAGCUGUUCUUCAUAUAACGAACACCGUCAUUCCAAGUCUUCCGGCCUAUAUAUUUCAAGAUUUUGCUAUUUCACGAUUGGUGCUAAACCGGUGUAAUCUGAAUCAAAUAGAUGAUAAUGCAUUUGUUGGAGCAAGUCUUGAUAAAUUAGUUGACUUAGACCUUUCUGAUAAUCAGCUAGGUGCAAUACCCAUAGCUGGUGUCCCACGCUUGACUAAUCUCAAGAAAUUGUCCCUGAAUCGAAAUCGCAUUAGUCAUCUGCAGUCCAAUUCAUUCAUAAACUAUGAAUCACGAGAUAUACUGCAAAAAUUGGAACUAGCUGGAAAUCGACUUACGGAUCAAACCUUUGAUGAUUCACUUAUCUUUAAACCAUUACGUUCUUUACAACAGCUAAGCCUGGAAACAAACGCAUUAAAUGUUAUCCCAUCUGCUUCAUUAAUCAAUCAACGACAUACACUAAUUAAUCUGAAUUUGGGAUUGAACCAAAUCAGUGAAGUCCCUGUUGGUGCUUUAGAUUUUCCAAAUCUCAAUUCACUUUCACUUGAAUUCAACGGCAUUUCGCAAAUCAUUCCUCAAGCAUUUCAAGGAAUUCCUAAUCUGCAGCAUUUAUAUCUUACGGGUAACAAAUUCCCUUCCUGGCAACCUGAAAUGUUCACAUUCGUCCCGCAUCUGUUGACCUUAGGUAUUGGUGAAACCCCAAUUGCCGUGAUACCAUCAAACGCUUUUCAGUAUAUACCCAAGUUGAUACGUUUGGAAAUGUCCGAUGCAGCUGUUGAUACAAUUGAACGUGGUGUUUUCCAGAGAACGCCAAAUAUUCAAGCAAUUAUUUUGAAUAAAAAUCGCCUUUCUGUGAUACGUUCCGAUUACUUUGAAGGUUUGCAUCAACUGUAUUCAGUGAAUCUAGGUGGCAAUCGCAUUGAUACUUGUGAACCAUUGGCUUUUGCAAAUCUUCCACAAAUGAAUCAUCUUGACAUCAGUUCCAAUCAGCUUCAAACGUUACCGGAUAAUACAUUUACAAAUUCAUUUUUACCGGAUCCGAAUGAAAGACGUAUCAUGUACGUGUGUGGCAAUCCAUGGUUGUGUAAUUCAGCUCUGGAGUGGUUUCGGACUUAUCUCCAGGAAAACGUUGACAUUGACAUCGAUAAGCCAGGAUGCGUUGCUGCUUGUAUUGACAAUGUCAACAGUUGUCCUCCAGUUGGUACCCCGUUACGAGCUGUGGAUUAUUGCCCCGCCAACGACACACCUCUCCCACUAACUGGCAAUGCGCUGUCACUCGUUGGUUGGAUUAUUUUAGCUAUCAUAAUGACAAUUUUAUUGAUCAGUAUAUGUUUGAUGGCACUAGUCCGUUAUGGAAUAUCGCAUCGAAGAAAAAAAAUGAAGGAUCAGGAAGCAUUGGAAAACGAACAGAGGAUUAUGUCAAUAACAGGAAGUGGAAUGCCGUCAGUAAUACCUCGAUCUUAUUUGCCGCCACCAACAGUAGAUCUCGACUUACCUCCAGCUCACAGUUUAGAUGAAACACCAGCCAGCUACUUAUAUUGA